UCUAAACGCAGCGAUGCUGGCGCAUGCGCUUAGAGUUUAGCCUGCCGUUUUCCGGCGAAAAGUGGCUUUUCCCAGAGGAGGGGGUCGUUGGCUUGCCCGGAAGUGGUCCGGGCUGAGAAGGCGAACGAAGCGGCGGUGAGGUUGUUGGGACAGAGUGGCGUCAGGCCUACUCUGGUCGCGCAGCUAGGCGUGAGGCGAGGAAGGAAAAAGAUCCUCCAUGGUUGGCUGUCUCACUACAAAUCAGAUGACUUCAUACGAUUUUGUCAGUUACUGAAUGAUGAGGUGUCUGGCCACCAGAGCAGAGGGAGCCUUUGAAGCGUGAUUCGAAUACCACAGUGCCUGAAGUAUACUCAGUAACCUUGCAGGUGGAAUUGGGCUGGAAUGAGAAGAAUAAAAAUACCAGAGGACAGAAGAAUUAAAAGCCAACAGCUUUUCCUGUCUCAGUAAAAGAAAGACUUAUGGUUAAGGCUACCUCUCCAGAUAGUCCAACAGUAAGUCACCAGUUUCCAAGGGCAUUUGCACCACCUGUGGAAAACAUUGGAUCCAUGCACACCAGGUGUUCUCGACAACUCAUCCCACCAUCCCUCUGCACAUAAUCUGCCGCACCAGCAGACCCUGAAGGCAGCCACUGAGUUUCUUCUUAUUGCCAAGUAGAUGUAAUACCCUGGCAACAAAACAGAGGACACAAGUGUCUCUUCAGAGUAUCACGACCAAUUGAAACCACGCUGAGAAAAUCAGUUUGCCUAGAUGAGGACCCUUGCUUUUCUUGGGUAGCCAGGAUUUAACGGAGAGACUCUGACCGGUGCCCCUGGUAAGUGACUAACACUUUUACACACUGAACUGCUCCUGAAAACUGAGAUGUCUUUGUAAGUGAAGAAAAUACACCAUGAUCUCGAAGAACUACCCAGUGGUGCAAGCCAGAGGCAUACUGUGCAUGUAAGGGACUCAAGAACAGGCAAGUUAAUCUUGUUGAAAGGAUUUUUCAUCUUUUGUGUAUGUUUGCCAGUGUUAGUCAGUGUUUUGCUGGCUUAAAUUGUUACCUUUCUCUGGUUCCUUCUCCUGUUAUGUUCUAAUGGGUCCCAGAAAUCCCUCUCCUGACCCCUUGUCAGAAUCGGAGAGUGAAGAAGAAGAAAAUGCUAACUACCUAAAUGAUAGUUCUGGGGAGGAGUGGGAUUCCUCCGAAGAAGAGGACCCUGUGGUGCCCAACCUAACACCUCUUGAGAGUCUUGCCUGGCAGGUUAAGUGCCUUUUAAAAUAUUCAACAACCUGGAAACCUUUAAAUCCUAAUUCCUGGUUAUAUCAUGCUAAACUCUUAGAUCCAAGCACACCGGUCCAUAUACUUCGCGAGAUAGGUCUGAGACUCUCCCAUUGCUCCCACUGUGUGCCCAAACUGGAACCAAUUCCCGAAUGGCCACCCCUGGCUUCUUGUGGAGUCCCACCUUUCCAGAAGCCCUUGACGAGUCCCAGCCGGCUUUCUAGAGAUCAUGCCACUCUGAAUGGAGCUCUGCAAUUUGCCACCAAACAGUUAAGCCGAACCUUGAGUAGAGCCACUCCCAUAACUGAAUACCUGAAACAGAUCCCUAAUUCAUGUGUUUCUGGUUGUUGUUGUGGCUGGUUAACUAAAACGGUUAAGGAGACAACCCGCACUGAACCAAUCAACACUACUUACUCUUAUACUGACUUCCAAAAGGCAGUUAACAAACUCUUAACUGCAUCACUAUAAAACCCACCGUUGUUCUGAUGUCUCUUGUGUUGCUAACUGAGAAAGCAGUACAAAGUUACACAGCCCAGAGUUGAGAAAGGAAUGCCUCCUUGAUCAAACUGCCCUGCCCUGACAAGCCCAGUACACCAAGUACUGGGUAUAUAUCCAAGAGGUCCAUAACCCAGCUGCAGAGAGUACGCACCUCGAGCUUUCCCUUUGAUAAGACCCUGUGGAUAAAAUGAGAACUUUAAUGGAGAAUUAGUCAAAAGGUACCAUAUUGCAAAAAGAUAAAUUAUUCUCUGAGUUCUGUUCCCCACCCCCAUUUACUCUGCCUGUCUGAAUGGACUCCCUCCAGAUAUCUAAUUAUUAAUGGGAAGGAAAAGGUAGGCUACUACCCCUUUUAUGACCCAUCCUUCACAACAGCUAUCGUGAAAGUGGAAAGUCGGCUACUCCCAGUUACACCCGCCUGAGCAUAGUUUGCGCUGACAUUCAUUUUUAGGGAGGUAGUUGAGUUGAAUAACUAGACAAAAGAAAACGGUGGAAAUAGAUUCAUCUCCUGGCUUUUCUAUGGGUAGGCCUACGUGUGGCACAGGGGUUCUUAUUUUGGGAGAGAAAGGGCUGUUUCAAACCUGUAGUCUGUUGCUCCAGACCCAUUAUAGUACCUGUGAUUACAGCAGAAACACAAGUUCCCAUCAGGUUCUCUCUAAUUAAGUUGACCUAUAAGAUGGCACCUGGGGAUUAAACAGACACCUUUUCUACAGGGAAUAUAUUUUCUGCAUCUUAGCACUCAGACUUUAGUCAAGAGGAAAUAAAACGCAUUCAUUCCAAAAGGGAAAAAGGUUAUUAAGAGAGCAUUAAUGUUUUCAGUACUAACUGCUGAAGGGUUCAAGUCUUCAGCCUGCUUCCUGGAGCAGCACCUCACGCACCUUCCCUUCCACCGCAAACUUCCCAGGAUCACUUCCAACUUUAAAGAACCUACUGCAGAAAACCUCAGCCUGAUACAAUCUGAAGUUAGUUUUUUAGUAUCACUGUUUUUCUACAUAGCUUAGCUUUAGCUAUAUCUGAACAAGUGUAUGUACUGUUGUAAAUGAAUCUUACAGUGUUUAUUUAGUUGAGUCAAAAUGUAGAAGUCAACAAAAUGCAUGAGACCAUUAGAUCUUUUCAUACACCUUCAAUAAAGAGUGAAACCUGUGUAUAAUCCUGGUUAACAGGGCAUCUAAAGGAUUCAGAAAAUAGAUCGUUAAAGGUGUAUUACACACCCCCUUUAGCUUUGCUUUUUCCUCUUCUCCAUAACUAAGUGCUGUGUACAAUGUGGCAUCAAAAAUUGAAGCAUUAAUAGAAUCACAAAGGCUAAAAUGUGUAGCAACUCUAAGAAGAGAGAAGAAUGUUUAUAACCUAAGGAGCAUUUGUGCUGAGCCUUAGUUUAGUUGUCUUAAGGGAAAAACGAGGGGAUUAUAGUAGGUAGAAAAAAUAUUUGUUAGUGGAGAGUUACUGAACUGAAGCAUAUUAUACUAUUAGUGUAACUGAAUGUAUCAGAAACUGUUUCUAUGUAGCUGUUUUCUGUGAAACUGGUUUUUAAAAUGUCACACCUGUUUCUUUUAAGGGGGAGGUGGGAAAGAUAGGGAGGUCUAAAAAAUUAAAAGUAUGUUGAUGUUUAUGUAACCAUACUAUGUUCCUUUUUCUGUGUACCUGUGCUUGAGAGUGUGUAUACGCGCAUUUACGUGUGUGAAAUGCCUUCCUCAUAAACGCAUUUUUCCUAUUUACUCCUAAAGGAAGCCUUUCCCCAGCUUUGCGGCUGAAUAAACCAACAGCUUUGUA